GUAACUCACGACAACUAUUAGUCACCUGUGCAUCCAGUGUGUGUGGUCUUCAUUGUCAAACAUGGAGCAUCCUGUGUUUGAAACAGCCGGCGCACAAGCGGGAAUAGAAAUAUGGACAAUAGAACAAUUCGAGCCUGUACCAAUAAACGAUAAGAUGUACGGAAAAUUCUAUAACGGGGAUUCUUACAUUGUCUUAAAGACAACAGGAGAUAAUACAUCAACACUCUCUUACGAUGUUCACUUCUGGCUCGGAAGUAAGACCACGCACGACAAAAAGGGCUCUGCAGCAAUCCACACGGUCAUCCUGGAUGACCAGCUCGGUGGCGGAGCCGUUCACCAUCGGGAAGUCCAGGGACAUGAGUCCAGUAAAUUUCUGGGCUACUUUCAACCUGCAAUAAGAUAUAUUGAAGGUGGUAACGAAUCGGGAUUCACUGAGGUGGAAACAAAUGCUGGUGCUGAGAAGAGGUUGUUGAAACUCUCGGGAUGCGAGAACAUGAGGAUUGAAGAAGUCCUAGCAGAAGCGUCAUCUCUCACGAAAGAGCACUGCUUCAUCUUGGAGGUAGACCACGACAUCUUCGUGCUGAUGCCGGAAGGUGCCAGGGCGACUCAGCGCAGGAAGAUCAUUAGCGUAGCUAACACUCUCAGAGAUGACUACCACAAUGGUAGAGCUACUAUUGAAAUUAUUGAUGAGUUUUCAUCCGAUGACGACAUCAACCAGUUCUUCGAAGCCCUUGGCUCCGGUUCACUAGAAGAUAUCCAAUCUGAUGAGCAAUCUAUUCUUUACUCACGAGAGAGUAUGACUUCUGUGUAUCUGUACAAAAUUGUGUAUGGAGAGGAAAUUGAACUGGAUCCGCUGAAUAAGCCCUUCAAACAGAGUCAGCUGUCUUCUGAAGAAAUCUAUAUUUUGGAUACGCCAUGCUCCGGGGUGUACAUUUGGAUCGGAAAAGAGGUUGACGCUGAUAUUAAGAAGAACUACAACGAUAUUGCUCAGAAGUAUUUGGAUUUGAAGGAGUACCCUGCUUGGGUUCACGUGACUCGUGUUUCGGAAGGGUUCGAAAGCGCCACGUUCAAGCAAUAUUUCAAUAAUUGGGACACAGUUACUAGCUCUGGCGCUGUAAGGGCAAUAGUGACUGAAUUUGACGCAGGUUACUUCUCCGGGGACGCCGAGGAGUCUGCCAACAUCGCCAAGUAUAUCGGCAAGAGCGCUUCAGCUCGUGGGUACAUGCCUGAUGAUGGCUCAGGGCAGCUCACUGUGUUCAGGAUAACGGAGGAGCCAGAAGAUGUGACAGAAAGAAUGGAAGCCCUACCGAUUCUGUACCAGAGCGAAGUUUACGUCAUCAAGUACCAGUACAGCAAUGCAGAUGGAAACGACGCAUAUAUUGUCUACAGCUGGAUCGGUGCUGAUGCAAGCAGUGAUACGAAAAAGACUGGCUUAGAGUUGGCCAGCCAACUGGAAGAAGAGCUGGAGGGAGAUGUUGAUGUGGUAAAGGUGCCGCAAGGAAAGGAACCUAAGCAUUUCUUGAAGAUAUUCAAAGGAAACUUGGGCAUAUUAUAUGGCAGCGAGGAUAAUGAUUACAAACCAGAGAACUAUAAUAAAUCUUAUGACGAUAAUGGUGUACGCCUUUUUAGGGUUGAAGGCACAGAUAUUGGCGUUGAUAUGAGAAUAACUCAGGUGCCUGAAACAGUUGACACCCUGGAAGAUGACGAUGUAUAUGUUCUGGAGACACCAGAUUUUAUCUUCGUGUGGAAUGGCAAGGAAUCUAACACCAAAGAAAAAGAGGCAGCUCUUGAGUUUGUGAAACUGGUCGGCUUCGAAGACCGAGAGAUAUCCGUUAUACAGCAAGGGGAGGAGACUGAUGAGUUCUGGGAAGCCUUGGGUGGAGCCCAAGAAGAUGUAGCCCCCCAGUCUGGCUGGCAGAUGACUGUCAAUCGUCGUGUCACGACGCCCUUCACAUUGACAGCUGUCAAUGUCACUAUUGGCGGGAAAGUGCAGUUUGAAGAGCUGCCACCCGACUACGUUCAAAAGGACUUAUCUGAUGAUGGAGUGUACAUCUUGGACGGUGGUGAAGAGUUAUAUCUUUGGAAAGGAAAAAAUAUUCCAGAGAGGAUUAAGAAUGCGAAGGACUUAAUCAUCGAGAACUAUAUAGAAGACGAUGGCCUGGACCGAACAGUGGACUCUGCAAUUGUGAUAGCUGUGAAACAGGGCCGGGAACCCGCCAACUUCAAGAAACUCUUCCCGGAAUGGGACGACAAUAUGUGGGAGGUAAUUGUUUUGAUAAUUUUAACUAAACCGCACUUUUGAGGUCCAACUCACAUCCAGAUGGUGGGGAUGAUAAUAUCCUAAUUUGUGGCGUGUCGUGUGCAGAUGGAAUUCGGCGGCAGAAAUCAGGUGAAACAGCUCUUCAGAACACACCCCGUGAUAAAUAGAUGACACACAAUGAAGCGAAGUUGACAGCACUGUAUCCGCGACUAUUCGAGAAGCUAUGCGUUGCACUGGUCCUGUCAAAUGGAUCGAGCUGAUACUGGGGUACGCCAGACCAGAGAUGACAGCAAUACUCCAUAUGUGACCCGACCUGCACUUUGUAGAGCUCUAGAAUGUGGCCAGCUUGAAGUAUUGCCGUGCUCUAUUUAAGACGCCCAGCUUCUUCGAAGCCAAUUUGGCUUUGCCCUCCAGAUGA